UAAUAUUUAUUUAUAAUAGUUUCAAUAUAAUGAAGAUAUGUUUUAUGUCGAAAUAAACAUAAAAUUAUUUAAUCUAUGAAAUUGUGUUACCAUUAUGAUCCCUAAUUUCAACUAAUUUUAUCUUUGUAAACUGAAAUUUAUCUCUAAAGACAUGUCUUAAAAAAUUUAUAAUAUGGAUGCAUACAAGUCAUUUAUAAUAGAUUUUUUAGCUGGUGGGAUAUCUGCAGCUGUAUCAAAAACUGCAGUAGCACCAUUAGAAAGGGUAAAAUUAUUACUCCAAGUUCAACAUACUUCAAAACAAAUAAGACCAGAAGAUCGGUACAAAGGAAUGAUGGAUGCAUUUAUACGUAUACCGAAAGAAACUGGAUUUCUUAGUUUUUGGAGAGGAAAUUUAGCUAAUGUAAUUAGAUAUUUCCCAACUCAAGCUUUAAAUUUUGCAUUUAAAGACAAAUUCAAAGCUAUAUUCUUGGAAGGUGUUCCAAAAGAUGCAUUUUGGAGACAGUUUGCUGGAAAUUUGGCUUCUGGUGGAGCUGCUGGAGCAACAUCUCUUUUAUUUGUGUAUCCACUUGAUUUUGCACGUACAAGAUUGGCUGCAGAUAUUGGACAAGGAGAUAAAAGGGAAUUCAAAGGUCUGGGUGACUGUAUAGUAAAAAUUUUCAAGACAGAUGGCCUUAUUGGUUUAUAUCGAGGGUUUAAUGUAAGCGUUCAAGGAAUUAUUAUUUAUAGAGCUACUUAUUUCGGUCUUUAUGAUACGACAAAAAACAUGCUUCCUGAUCCAAAAAAUACUCCCCUACAUAUUACCUUUUUAAUUGCGCAAGUAGUAACAACAGUGGCUGGAGUUAUGUCAUACCCUUUUGAUACAGUUAGAAGACGUAUGAUGAUGCAAUCAGGACGUAGUAAAAGAGAAAUCAUGUAUAAAAAUACAUUAGAUUGUUGGAUCAAAACAGCCAAGGCAGAAGGUGUUGGUGCUUUUUUUAAAGGUUCACUGUCAAAUAUUCUCAGAGGUACUGGUGGAGCAUUAGUUUUAACAUUGUAUGAUACACUCAAAAACAUUUUUGAAGAUGUAUUACGUGAUAAAGACUCGUCUGCAGUGUCCAAAUAAUGUUAAAUAAUUUCAUAUUCAAAUUUUGAAUGAUUGUGAAUUGAUCUAAACAAGUAAAAUUGUAUUGAUUUUCUACAAAUUGAGUAUUACUCAUGCUAUGGAAAGUAAUGUACUAAAAUUAUUUAUGUAACAAUUCAUGAAUA